AUGCAGUCAUCACGCUCCCUGGCGCACGCCAAGCCGCCGAGGUCAGCCCACGCGCGCUCCCGCUCCCAGCUCGCCCAGGUGCGCCCGGAUCCCAGGCAAGAUUUCGAGUUCCACUUCGACUUCUCCUCCGAGGCCUUCUGCUUCGACAUGGACAGCGACGGCGGCGCCACGAAGGCGGCGCCGGUGCCGGUGGCGGAGAAGGGCCCGGUUCUUGCCGGGUUCGACAAGGUCAGGCUCAGCAUUGCGUCCAGCGAGGACGACGACGACGAGGCGCCGCCCAGGUGCUCCUUCUCCGGGGCCAGCCACCCGCCGGAGCCGGUCGACGAGGUGGACCCCGCGUUCGCGGCCGCGGACCGCGGCCGCCGGGGCGACACCGACCUGAAGGCGGCGGCGGCGGCGGCUGCCAAGCCGGUGAUCGUGUGGGACGCGUCCCCGCCGGUGGGCGGCGCGGCGGCCAAGCCGGUGAUCGUGUGGGACGCGUCGCCGCCGGUGAGCGGCGCGGCGAGCCCGCACAGCAGCACGGGCGACAGCUCCUCCGGCGGCACGGCCGCGGCCACCGUCACCUGCACCAGCAUGGCGCCCAGCUGCACCGUCACAAGCCAGAGCGCCAAGACCAGCGUCUGCAGCAGCGGGGCCAGCGACUGGAGCAGCGGCACGGCCAGCGGCUGCGGGAGCGGCGGCGCGGGAGGUAAGCCGCACAAGGGCGGCGACCCGAGGUGGAAGGCCGUCCUGGCGGCUCGCGCGCGGGAUGGGCCUCUCGGGAUGGGGGACUUCCGGCUCCUCCGUCGGCUCGGCUGCGGCGACAUCGGCACCGUGUACCUCUCCGAGCUGAGCAAGGGUGGCGGUGGCGGUGGCUGCGGUGCCGCGAGGGCGACGUGGUUCGCGAUGAAGGUCAUGGACAAGGCGUCGCUCGAGAGCCGCCGGAAGCUCAGCCGCGCCGAGACGGAGCGUGAGAUCCUGCAGCUGCUGGACCACCCCUUCCUCCCCACCCUCUACGCGCACUUCGAGACCGACAAGUUCGCCUGCCUCGUCAUGGAGUUCUGCCCCGGCGGCGACCUCCACGCCCUCCGCCAGCGCCAGCCCGGCAAGCUCUUCCCCGAGCACGCCGCAAGGUUCUACGCCGCGGAGGUGCUCCUGGCGCUGGAGUACCUGCACAUGCUCGGGGUGGUGUACCGAGACCUGAAGCCGGAGAACGUGCUGGUGAGGGACGACGGCCACAUCAUGCUCUCCGACUUCGACCUCUCCCUGCGCUGCGCCGCCUCGCCGACGCUCUUCAGACCAUCCCCGCCGUGCAGCACCUCCGGGCCCAACGGUGCCUGCAUCCAGCCCACCUGCUUCAUGCCCAAGCUCUUCGGCCACCGGACCAGCAAGAAGAGCGCCUCCAGAUCGUCCAAGAGCGGCGAGCAUCAGCAGCAGCAGGGCGCCAUGCCGGAGCUCGUGGUCGAGCCGACCGGCGCGCGGUCGAUGUCGUUCGUGGGCACGCACGAGUACCUGGCGCCGGAGAUCAUCAAGGGCGAGGGCCACGGCAGCGCCGUGGACUGGUGGACCUUCGGCGUGUUCCUGCACGAGCUCAUGUACGGCAAGACGCCGUUCAAGGGGCAGACGAACCGGGCCACGCUGUUCAACGUCGUCGGCCAGCAGCUCCGGUUCCCGGACGGCGGCCCGCCGACGAGCGGCGCGAGCAGGGACUUGAUCAAGGGCCUGCUGGCCAAGGAGCCCCAGGCCCGGCUCGGCGUGAAGAGGGGAGCCGCCGAGAUCAAGCAGCACCCCUUCUUCGAGGGCAUCAACUGGGCGCUCAUCCGGUGCAGCACGCCGCCCGGCGUGCCGAGGGCAGUGGAGCCCAUCGCCGUCGCAGCAGCAAUGCCGGCGAAAUCGGCAUCGAUGGACAGGGUGCAGACGAACUACAACAGCAGCAAGAGGAUGCCACCGGCAGGAGGAGAUCAUGUGGAAUCUGGAGGGAAGUUCCUCGACUUCGAGUUCUUCUAA